AUGUCUUUUAAUAAUACUAGUAUUGCCCCUACUAUUUCAUCUUCUUCUGCGACUGCUGCUACUGUUGCAUCUAAUAGCAACAAUCAAAUUCAACAUCAUUAUCAUCAUCAUCAACCACAAUUGUCUGUUAAUUCAAUUUCUUCAAUUGUAGAACCCAUUACUCCACCACCAAUCAGUCAGAUGAAUAUAAAGAGAAAUGAUCAUCAAAAGGCUAGAUCCUUAGAUUUAACUGGUUUAGGUCAAUAUAUUACAACUACUCAGUCACCUAUUAUGCUAGGUAAGUUGAAUCAUAAUAAUAACAGUAACAGUAGUCAAUCCUAUAAUAUACACCAUCAUUAUAGUAAUAAUAAUAAUAACAAUUCAGAUUUAAUCUCUCCAAAUGAAAUCAUUAAUACUCCCUUAGAAAAAUUGAAUUAUUUAAAAUUAGCUACUGAUCAAUUUGGUUGCCGUUUUCUUCAAAAAAAAUUGGAAUCAAAUUCUGAUGUGGAAUCUGAUUUAGUCAGAGAUUUAAUGUUCGAGCAAAUUAAAGGUUCUUUUUUGAAUUUGAUCUUGGAUCCAUUUGGUAACUAUCUAAUUCAAAAAUUAUGUGAAUUUUUGACUACAGCUCAAAAAACUUUUCUUAUUGAAUCAAUUUAUCCGUAUGUUUUCAAAAUUUCCAUUAAUCAAUAUGGUACAAGAUCACUACAAAAGAUUAUUGAUACAGUAGAUAAUGAACAACAAAUAGACUUGAUAAUUAGAGGGUUUUCACAAGAGUUUACCAGUAUUGAACAGGUGGUAACUUUGAUAAAUGACUUAAAUGGGAAUCAUGUCAUACAAAAAUGUAUUUUCAAAUUCCCAUCAACAAAAUUUGGUUUUAUCAUCGAUACAAUCAUUGAAAAAGAUAAUAUUAUUACAAUCUCAACACAUAAACAUGGUUGUUGUGUGUUACAGAAACUGCUAAAUGUUUGCACAUUACAACAAAUUUGUACUAUCUCUUGGAAAAUUAUUCAAUAUCUGUCUGGAUUAAUCAAUGACCAAUUUGGUAACUAUAUUAUACAAUUUUUAUUAGCUAUUAAAGAAUUAGAUUAUUAUUUAUUAAAUGAAAUGUUUAAUAAGUUACAUAAUGAAUUGAUUCAGUUAUCAUGUCUAAAAUUUUCAUCUAACGUGAUUGAAAAAUUUAUCAAAAAAUUAUUUCAUAUCAUCAAAUCAUCAAUAAAGGGUGGAUUUUUACCUAAUGUUAAUGAUAAUGUAAUUAAUGAAACAAUGAAUAUCCUUUUAACCAUAAUUGAUUCUUUCACCUUAAAUUUAAACAUUUUAAUUAGAGACAAUUAUGGAAAUUAUGCAUUACAGACUCUAUUAGAUGUUAAAAAUUAUGACAUUAUGUUGAAUUAUCCAGAUAAUCUAUUAAUAAUGGAAAAUAAUAAAAAAUAUCUAUCAUUCUCAAAUGAUUUCACUAAUAAAAUUUCAAAUUUGAUCCUUUUGACGAAGGAUCUUCUACCAAGUAUCAAGACUACAUCCUAUGCAAAGAAAAUUAAAUUGAAAGUCAGAGCAUUUGUCGAAUUAACAGGGAUUGCAUCAAAUGAUCCUAAAAAUAAUUCAGUAUAUGGUAAUAACGGUAAUAUUACUCCUAAUUUACCAUCUAUUAUUAAUCCCGUAUUGCCUGCCACUGUUACUAGCCCAUCUUCUGUUAUAAGCGCAACUAUGAAGAAUAAUAAUGGUUUUAAUCGGACAAAGUUACAAAGUAAUGAUACUUCCUAUAAGACUAAACAACAUCAGCGUCAUGUAUCUUUACCAGCUAAUGCCUAUCAUAGAAGAAACAGUUCUGUAGCAUCGUCAAAUUCAUCGGUUUAUAUUAAUGACAAUAGAUUAAAUGUUAACUCUAAUAUUUCGUCUACUCAAACUCUCCAUAAUAAUAUGCUGAAUCUGUUUAAUCCCCAGGCAACUUCUCCAUUAAAUUAUCAAAAACAAUUUAACAAUACAUUGUCUGUGCCUUUUUCUUCUCUGUCCAUUAAUAACAUAAAUAAUGCUAAUAACAGUACUAAUACUGUAAAUAAUAACAUCGGCCAGAGAUUUGUUACGCCACAAUUACACCAACCAUCUUCGAUCUUGCUAAAUGAUGUUAAUGACACAACUAAUACUAGUGCUGUUAAUAGCACUGCAAAUUUGUGUCAACAAAACACUUUUGCCUCUAAUGGUUAUAUUGUAAAUACUAAUAAUAGCAACAACAAUAAUAGUAAUAAUAAUACUAAUCUGAACUCAACAAUCAAUAAUUUUUCCGUUAAUGACGUCAUGAGCACACCAAAUACACACUUAAGAUAUCCAAAUAGUGUAUUUACUUCACCUAAUCUAUUUACAAAUUCAACAUCAUCAGAUUUAUCAUUUUUAACACCACAACCACAAAGAGUUGUCAGUAAUCCAUACCCACAACAAAACUUUCAUAAUACUUUUAACUCAGAUAAUAAAAUAUCUAUGAAUGAUACUUCUUUGAUGUUUUUAGGAGAUGAUGAAUUUAAAAAUUUUAAUGUUAAUACACGAUAUUAA